GACCCUCUAUUGAUCACCUUCAGGAUGAACCACAGACCACUAGGAGUUCAUGGCAAUAGCCAGUCUGGGGGUUGCACCGACAGCCCCCGAGCCAGGAGCCGUGACAACCUGCUGAUGUACGAUGAUUUUGGAGAGGAAUACUGUUGCACUGGACGAUGUCUUGGUCACAGCAGCUCUGAGAGGCAGCUCAUGGCUCGUCUCACCACUGUAAAACGACGCCAGGCUCUCCGUGGUCCAGCCUACAUGUUCUCUGCUCCAACAGUCAGCCUGUCAGACGUGGAGCAGCGCUUCCUGGAGGCAGCUGAAUACGGCAACAUACCGGAGGUGCGCCGCAUGUUGCUCCAUGUGCCCAACUUGAACGUCAAUGCCGUUGACUACAUGGGACAAAAUGCCCUGCAGCUUGCUGUGGCCAACGAGCAUCUGGAGGUGACGGAGCUGCUCCUGGGGAGGGCAGAUUUGGCCAGAGUGGGUGAUGCCCUCCUUCUAGCCAUCAGUAAAGGUUAUGUCCGUAUCACGGAAGCCUUGCUAAGUCAUCCUUCAUUUAGAGAUGCUCAUCGUCUGACAGCUAGUCCUGCUCAAGUAGACAUGUUGGAUGACUUCUAUGCCUAUGAUGAAGAUGGGACCAGGUUUUCUCAUGAUGUGACUCCAGUGAUUCUUGCAGCACACUGUCAGGAGUAUGAGAUAGUCCACACCUUGCUGAGUAAAGGGGCUCGCAUUGAUCCUCCUCACGACUACUUCUGUGGCUGUGAUUCGUGUAACUACCAGCAGCAGUUUGACUCUUUCAGCCAUUCCCGAUCAAGAAUCAAUGCCUACAGAGGUCUUGCCAGUCCUGCUUACCUCUCCCUGUCCAACGAGGACCCUGUGCUGGCGGCACUGGAGCUCAGCAACGAACUGGCUAUGCUUGCUAAUAUAGAGAAAGAAUUUAAGAAUGACUACUGCCAUCUGUCGAGCCAGUGUAAGGACUACAUGGUGGGCCUCCUGGAUCUUUGUCGCAGCACAGAAGAAGUGGAGGCCAUACUGAGUGGAGAAACUGCCUCUGAGGAGAGCUAUGAUGUACCAGGGCGCCCCUCCCUCACACGCCUCAAAUUAGCCAUUAAAUAUGAACUCAAAAAGUUUGUGGCUCAUCCUAAUUGCCAACAGCAGCUGCUGAGCAUCUGGUACGAGAACUUGCCCGGUCUGAGACAGCAAACCACUGCUGUUAAACUGCUGGUGGUGCUGGCGGUGGCUAUAGGACUGCCUGGACUUGCUGUGGCGUACUGGGUUGCCCCGUGUAGCAGAGUGGGGAAAGUGAUGCGCAGCCCCUUCAUGAAGUUUGUGGCCCAUGCUUCAUCCUUCACAAUAUUCUUGGGUCUUCUCAUCCUGAAUGCUGCUGACCGCUUCGCAGGCACCACCCUGUUACCAAAUAUGACCCACCAAAAGUAUCCAGGAGAUCCGCAACUCUACACUGACCAGCUGCUGCUCUACCGGAUGACGACGACACCCUUCACCUGGAUGGAGAUCCUCAUCAUUUCAUGGGUCAUGGGCAUGAUUUGGGCUGAGGUUAAGGAAAUCUGGAGUCAAGGACCUGGAGAGUACCUGGUCGAACCGUGGAACUUCUUAGAUUUUGGGAUGCUGGCGAUCUUCCUUGCCUCCUUCAGCUGCCGAUUCUCUGCUCUGAGACACACUGAUAUAGCCCAGACCUAUGUAUACUCACAUUACACAACACUAAUUAAUGUCACACUGCCCCCUGAGAUAAACUACUUUACUUUGGCACGUAUCUACUGGCUGCCAUCAGAUCCCCAGCUGGUAUCAGAGGGCCUGUACGCAGUUGCAGUGGUGCUGAGCUUCUCUCGGAUUGCCUACAUCCUCCCAGCUAAUGAGAGCUUUGGCCCACUGCAGAUCUCAUUAGGAAGGACCGUCAAGGACAUCUUCAAGUUUAUGGUCAUCUUUAUCUUGGUCUUCCUGGCGUUCAUGAUCGGCAUGUUCAACCUGUACUCUUAUUACCUGGGGGCAAAGCAGAAUGACGCCUUCACCACCCUGGAGGAGAGCUUCAAGACAUUGUUCUGGGCUAUAUUUGGACUGUCCGAAGUCAAGUCCGUUAUAAUCAACAACGGGCACAAAUUCAUCGAGAACAUUGGUUAUGUGCUGUACGGGGUCUACAACGUUACCAUGGUGAUAGUGCUGCUCAACAUGCUCAUCGCCAUGAUUAACAGUUCCUUCCAGGAGAUAGAGGAUGAUGCUGACGUUGAGUGGAAGUUUGCUAGGGCAAAGCUUUGGUUCUCCUACUUUGAGGAGGGAAGGACGCUCCCUGUGCCCUUUAACCUUGUCCCCAGUCCAAAAUCUAUGCUGGGACUGGCCAUGGCCAUGAAGGCCCUUCUCUUGCAAUUUGUGGAAGGACAUAGUGAGGAGAACUCGGAGACCCAGCUCAACCAGAUUGGUGUGAGCAAAAAUUCUGGAUAUUCUACUAGUCCAACCAGAUAUCAGAAGAUCAUGAAGCGAUUGAUAAAACGUUACAUCAUUAAAGCCCAGGCUGACAGAGAGAGUGACGAGAUCACUGAAGGUGAGCUGAAAGAGAUCAAGCAAGACAUCUCCAGUUUGCGUUAUGAGCUGCUGGAGGAGAAAUCACAGAACAUGGAGACAUUUGAUGGACUGCUAAGGAGGCUGGGAGACAUCGGUUCACCUUCAUAGUAGCACUGCCGGUCACCUACACAUGUAAAUAACACUAUACAUCUCAAAGAGCUUAAUGUACCUCUUCUUCAUCACUGAAUGUAAAUACACUAAUACACUUUGAUAAAACAAGGAUGUAUGUAUGUGAAUACAAAAUCCUUGAUUUAAGUUAGUAUGAAAGUUAAUGUACUGAUCAUUGUUUGAGUCAGUUAAUCAUAUUACAAGAGAAAUUCUUCACAUUUUGGCGCAUUUUGGCCUUUGUUUUUUACGCUGUGCAUUGUGGAAAAUGGGAAGUGUCCGAUGAGAUACAUGGUAAAAGUUUCUCCAGUAUCUUGUAUUUUUUGGUUGUGUCUAAUUUCUCUUGAUACGUACAGCAUCACAUAGCUACGGUGGCCGACAUGGGCCAAACGGACGGCAACGACCAAAUACGUCUCAAUUCGAGGACAACAGCUUCAAGUACAGAAACGAUGCAAAAUCACAAACUCAAACACAAGUCUAAACGAAGUACAAAAGAGGAACGUGGUGCAAACGAAAAAACGUGCUGCAAAAAACAAAGACCCGUGCGUUUCAUCAUGAAACGCGGUGCAAAUAGAGAAACGAUGCAAACCUUGAAACGACCUGCAAACCAAGAAACAGUCUGCAAACGAAAAACAUGCAUUACCGUUCACUACAAACGGAAAUUCUCCAAACCUGAAGUGAGCAGCUACUUGAAGCUGUUUUCUCGAAUUGAGACGUAUUUGGUCAUUGCCAUCUGUUUGGCCCGUGUUGGACACCAUACAUAGCAGCUAACAUCACAUCAAACACUCUUGGUGUUUGUUUGGAGUGUUGUGAUUGUGCAAGAUAGAUAGAUAGAAUCACAACUGAGACAUUACAAUGUGAAGAAUCCAUGCUGAAAACAUUGUCAGAUGGAGUUCUUAUUCUGAUGUCAUCCCCCCAAGUUCUAGAGAGACCAUGUAGAGGGUUACUGACUACUGGUUUCACAAAAUUUGAUGACGCACCAGAGCAUGUCUUCAUCCCUCAAUGUAAUACAGGGACACCCAUUGUUAAAUGGAUCCGUGCUGUUCUUGUUGGUAACCCCCAAGCCAACCUUCAGACUAUUUGGAACAGACUAAGAGAAAUAAUCCAAUUUUAUUUAUAUAGUGUCAAUAACAAAUACAAACUAUUACUCUAGACAGCUUAAAAAAUCCAGUCUGAAAAAAACUUUGUUCCACUUUGUUAUCUUUUGUGAAGCGUCUUGAGACGAUUUGUAUUGUUAUUGGCGCUAUAUAAAUAAAACUGAAUUGAACUGAAUUGAAUUGAAAGUUGGCCUGAAACCUCCAGCGCAAACCUGAAGGCAGCAGUGGUGAUGAUACAAAUACAAGCUGUAAUUGAUGAUGUUACGUGACAGUUUGAAAAUGUAAAGGGAAUGCAGGUUGUUGUUUAUUCAGGUGGGAGCGGAUAAUUGCUGGCCAUGAAGACUGGGCAGGUUAAUGAGAUCAUAGCAACAGAGAAAAGAAAGUAGAAUUUAGGAACAUAUGGGCUUUGUGCAAGACAGAAGUAGAGAACAUGUGCUCAGUGCAUUGUUACGACUAUGGUCGUAAGGUCCAUGAGUUUGUUUUGCUGCUUUGUUGUAAUUUGCGUUGUUUCAGGUAUGUGCUGUCCCCAUGAGGUGAUUGAUGCGAGAGGUCUGGCCCUGGAUCCUGAUUGGCUGCAUCAGGGAACUAUCGCCUAUAUAAGAAGCAGCCAAGAUGGCCGGCUAGGGCUGGCAGCAGGCUAUCCAUCAUCUCCCACCACAGCAUUUAUUCAUGUGUUGGUUAUCAGUUCUUUUAGUGUUCACUGAGCAGUAGGGGUGGACUAACAAUUUUUGUUAUCUUCUUAUCUCCUGUUUAUUUAGUUAGGGAGGUAAGUGUUUGGGUUUAUUAUGUUAUUGUAUUAAUUUCAAGGUAAGAUUAUUUUGUUUGUUAUCUUGGCCUUGGUCUACUCCAAAGCAAUCAUUCACUUACUUUUCAUUUGUUUCACUUUUGUAAAUAAAUAACUUUCUUUA